AUGGCCAGCAGCAGCAGCAGCAGCUACGCCCCCGAGGAGCCCCCCUUCUGGCCGCCGGCCCCGCACGAGUGGCGCUGGGCGGCCCCGCUGGAGCUCAGCACCCACCCCGCCGAAGCCGCCGCCGCCGCCUCGCCCGCCGCCUCGCCGGACUCCGGCAGCAGCGGCAGCCUCUCGCCCGCCUCCGGGCCGCUGCGGGGGGCGGCGAGGGGUCGCCGGGGGCGGCUGGCGGGGGGGCCGCGGCAGAGCGCCAGCCAGCGCGAGAAGCUGCGCAUGAGGCGCCUGGCCGGAGCCCUGCACACGCUGCGCGCCUUCCUGCCGCCCGCCCUCGCCCCCGCCGGACGGCCCCUCACCAAGCUGCAGACCCUCCGCCUCGCCAGCCGCUACAUCGCCCACCUCCACCGCCUCCUCGGGCCGCCCCCGCCGCCCCCGCCGCCCGCCGCCCCCCACCACUGGCCCCCGACGACGACGACGCCCCCCGCCGCCGCCCAGCCCGCUCCGUCGCCGCCGCCACCGCCGCCCGCCCUCGCCGCCCAGGGCCUGCCCGCCGAGCUGCUGGCCUGGCUGGAGGGCCUCCUCUCGCCGGGGGAGGCGCACGACUGACUGAGCCCCGCCCGGACGCCCCCGCCCCAAGGAGACCCUCCCGGGCCCCGCAGGCGCCUCACCCGCACUGACCCACGCCUCGUCUCGGCCGCCGCCGCCUCGCUGCAUUCCGGCCCCCGCGCCUCCGUCCAGCCGCGCCUUCUCCGCCUAGCCUACCUCACAGGGCUGUUGCGAGGCCUUCCGGAGAGCUCCGCGCCAGGAGAUGCGCCGGGGAGCACUGGAGCGGCUGCCGUCGCCUUUGAAACGGUAGUCGGCAAAGCCCCGCCCACCCCGCGCUGGGGGCCGAAGGGGGCCUCCUCGGGACCUCCCGCUCCCUCUCGGCCAAGGAGACCCGCCGGAAGGACGCCCCCAUCGCGACGGACUCGAACUGAACUGGUCCCUGCGCUGGACCGUGGUCGUGUUGGCGGCGGGGGUCGGGCCCUCCGAGUAUGAGAAGCGACGCCAGAGCUCCGUCUCUUGACUGCUUCCGUGGGUGUUUCACUUGAUAGCCAAAUAGGCUGCUGCUGCUGCUGCUGCCAGUCCUGAGGGGACCUUCUCUGGGAGACUGUUCAUCUCCACGGAAUAAACUUUUGCUAUUUAUUUUGGGGUUCCCCUCCCCCCCCCCCACUUGUAUUUCCCCCUGCCUCUUCUCAGGCAUCCCAAAUCCGGAGGAGCUGCUGCCCAGGGUCCGGGCAUGCGCAGCUCUCGCUGGACUCAUGGGUACAUUUGCUGGUUUGUUUGUAGGAGACCCCCGGGGGUCUCCCUGUAUGUGUGUGUGUCAAUGUCAUGCAUAUGGCAAAGAGGAUGGUUUCUGUAUGUUUAUCUACACAUUUUGUUAUUAA